CAGACGGCGGCCAGGUCGCGCCGCGAGCGAGCUUCCGCGCCGCCCGCACGCGCGACCUACCUGGGCGCCCCGCGCCGCCGGAUGCUGCAGGUUAUUCAACGAUAGUUAUGACCUCCCGGUUACGUGCGUUGGGUGGAAGAAUUAACAAUAUACGCACCUCAGAAUUACCCAAAGAGAAAACGCGGUCUGAAGUCAUCUGCAGCAUCCGCUUUUUAGAUGGCUUGGUACAGACCUUUAAAGUUAAUAAACAAGAUACGGGUCAGGUUCUUCUGGAUAUGGCAUACAACCACCUGGAUGUGACAGAAAAGGAAUAUUUUGGUUUACAACAUGGUGACGACUGUGUGGACUCUCCUAGAUGGCUUGAAUCAAGCAAACCCAUCAGGAAGCAGUUAAAAGGAGGUUUCCCCUGUACCCUGCAUUUUCGAGUAAGAUUUUUUAUACCUGAUCCCAACACACUGCAGCAAGAACAAACCAGGCAUUUGUAUUUCUUACAACUGAAGAUGGAUAUUUGUGAAGGAAGGUUAACCUGCCCUCUUAACUCAGCAGUGGUUCUGGCAUCCUAUGCAGUACAAUCUCAUUUUGGAGACUACGAUUCUUCCAUACAUCAUCCAGGCUAUCUUUCUGAAAGUCAGUUUAUACCAGAUCAAAACGAUGACUUUUUAACAAAGGUGGAAUCUCUGCAUGAGCAGCACAGUGGGCUAAAGCAAUCAGAAGCUGAAUCCUGCUACAUCAACAUAGCUCGGACCCUCGACUUCUACGGAGUAGAACUGCACAGUGGUAGGGAUCUGCACAAUUUAGACCUAAUGAUUGGGAUUGCUUCCGCGGGCAUUGCUGUGUACCGAAAAUACAUUUGCACAAGUUUCUAUCCUUGGGUGAAUAUUCUCAAAAUUUCUUUCAAAAGGAAAAAGUUCUUUAUACAUCAGCGACAAAAACAGACUGAAUCCAGGGAACAUAUUGUGGCCUUCAACAUGCUAAACUACCGGUCUUGCAAAAACUUAUGGAAAUCCUGUGUCGAGCACCAUACAUUCUUUCAGGCAAAGAAGCUACUACCUCAGGAAAAGAAUGUUCUGUCUCAGUACUGGACUCUGGGCUCUAGGAACACCAAAAAGUCUGUAAAUAACCAGUAUUGCAAAAAGGUGAUUGGAGGGAUGGUGUGGAACCCAGCCAUGCGGAGAUCCUUAUCAGUGGAGCACUUAGAAACCAAGAGUCUGCCUUCGCGGUCCCCUCCCAUUACUCCCAACUGGCGAAGUCCUCGGCUCCGGCACGAAAUCCGAAAGCCACGUCACUCUUCUGCAGAUAACCUUGCAAAUGAAAUGACCUACAUCACGGAAACGGAAGAUGUAUUUUACACAUACAAGGGUUCUCUGUCCCCCAAAGACAGUGAUUCCGAAGUUUCUCAGAACCGCAGCCCACAUCGAGAGAGUUUAUCCGAGAACAAUCCAGCACAAAGCUGCCUGACCCGGAAGUCAUCCAGUUCUGUGUCUCCAUCUUCAAAUGCUCCAGGCUCCUGCUCACCUGAUGGCGUCGAUCAGCAGUUCUUAGAGGACUACCACAGGGUGACCAAGGGGGGCUCCACCGAGGAUGCCAGCCAGUACUACUGUGACAAGAAUGAUAAUAAUGGUGAUGGCUACUUAGUCUUGAUCCGUAUCACGCCAGAUGAAGAUGGAAAAUUUGGAUUUAACCUUAAGGGAGGAGUGGAUCAAAAGAUGCCUCUAGUGGUAUCAAGGAUAAACCCAGAGUCACCUGCAGACACCUGCAUUCCUAAGCUGAACGAAGGGGAUCAAAUUGUGCUGAUCAAUGGCCGGGACAUCUCAGAGCACACCCAUGACCAAGUGGUGAUGUUCAUCAAAGCCAGCCGGGAGUCCCACUCGCGGGAGCUGGCCCUGGUGAUCCGGAGGAGAGCCGUCCACUCGUUUGCCGACAUCAAGUCUGAAGAUGAACUGACCCAGCUGUUUCCCGAAGCCAUCUUCCCCAUGUGUGCAGAGGGUGGGGACACUCUGGAGGGAUCCAUGGAGCACCUGAAGAAGGGCCUGGAAAGUGGCACGGUGCUGAUCCAGUUUGAGCAACUCUACAGAAAGAAGCCAGGUUUAGCCAUCACGUUUGCAAAGCUGCCUCAAAAUUUGGACAAAAACCGAUAUAAAGAUGUGCUACCAUAUGACACCACCCGGGUAUUAUUGCAGGGAAAUGAAGAUUAUAUUAAUGCGAGUUAUGUGAACAUGGAAAUUCCUGCUGCUAACCUUGUGAACAAAUACAUUGCCACUCAGGGACCCCUGCCACAUACCUGUGCACAGUUUUGGCAAGUCGUCUGGGAUCAGAAGUUGUCACUCAUCAUCAUGUUGACGACUCUCACAGAGCGAGGGCGGACCAAAUGUCACCAGUACUGGCCCGACCCCCCGGACGUCAUGGACCAUGGUGGCUUUCACAUCCAGUGUCAGUCAGAGGACUGCACCAUCGCCUACGUGUCCCGAGAAAUGCUGGUCACCAACACUCAGACCGGGGAAGAGCACACGCUGACACAUCUCCAGUACGUCGCGUGGCCUGACCAUGGUGUGCCCGAUGAUUCCUCGGACUUUCUGGAAUUUGUAAACUAUAUGAGGUCCCUGAGGGUGGACAGUGAGCCUGUCUUAGUUCACUGCAGCGCUGGAAUAGGUCGAACUGGCGUGUUGGUCACUAUGGAAACAGCCAUGUGCUUAAUUGAGAGAAAUCUGCCGGUUUACCCACUAGAUGUUGUCCGGAAAAUGCGAGACCAGCGCGCCAUGAUGGUGCAGACAUCAAGCCAGUACAAGUUCGUGUGCGAAGCGAUUCUUCGUGUGUAUGAGGAAGGCUUAGUCCCGACGCUCGACCCCAGCUAAGACAACUGUGAACACGUUCAUUCCUCUUUCCCAAGGGCAGCCUCCCUAAGAGAGGAGGACAGACCUUCUCUCUGGAAACAGCAAGAGGAACGGGCAGCUGUGGGAAAGGAAUGGGCACCUUUGAAUCCAGGCACUUUAAAUUUCUCUAGAAAAGGUAUCAUGUACAUAGGAACUGGUGUAGAUACGCAUGUAAUUAUGGCAUCAUUUAGGCCCAUUAUGCCUACGGAGAGAAAUACACAAGAAGGAAUCUCAGUUUGGGGCCUGUUCUAAUGCCUUCCUCCUUAAUGUCACCACACACACCCCUGUCAUCCAUCCUUGGGCAACGGAGAGGGGACGCCAGCAGUGCUUGACCUCCCAGAAACAGGACGGUGUGGUUAUCUGGGGUGGCUUGGAUGUUGCGUGUGUUUCUGUGUACAGGACUAUAAGGGCUGAGUUCUCUGCGCUCCUCGGCGGAGCUGGAGCAAUUCAUGUCCACCCGCCCCUGACACUGCGGAAACCCUGAGGCAUGUACUACCGGCCGGGCAGUGGGAAUUCAGGCCGGAGGCUGAGCAGUACCUUUUCUGCCCUCCCUUCCUUUUCCCAUCUCCUGGCCACUUCAAUAUUCAUGUUCCUGAGAAUCGGGUUCCUCUCCGGGUUCCCCCUCGGUGCCUGAACCCGAUGAGUCCUGUAUGUUAAAGUGAGAGUCCUAAACUAGGACUCUAAGUGUUCUCUUGUCGUCGUCUGUCUUAGUUCUAGAAGCAGGUGUGUCUCUUGCCUCUGCUUGCCUCUUACUGUAUACUCAGAACCCAGGACUGGAAUCGCUGACUACUGAAUCUACUAUUACAUGUAUUGCUGCUACUUCAAGCUACUACACUUGAAACCUUACGAUUUUCCUGAGGGGAGAUGGGACAGUAUCAUCAGAAUCUUUGGCCCUUCUGAGAAAAGAUCUUCUGGUAAUUGAACUUUGGGAAACCCGGCUUCUAGAGGGUUGUCUGCAGGUGUGUGUACAUGUGUGUAUACCCACGGGUGAGUGCUUCUCAGGAUCCCGAACUUGAUUGAGAUUACCGCCAAGUUUAUGUAAAGAAUGAGUCUCUGUACAGAAGAACAAAUGUGUGCAUUCACCCUCAGUUACAAUGGUCUCCAUUUCAUUUCAAAGGAGAGGAUCAGACUAUCUGAAUAUAAACGCAAUUUGAAGUUAAUUUAUUCUAAGUACACCGGGAUUUUGAUUGUCCUAAAAGAAUUCUGCCUUUGUGAAUACUGUGUUAAAUUUUUUUUUAAUUUGUGACAGGAUUGUAGCAAAUUAUUAUUUAAGGAAAAUAAAUGACAUAAACAUU